AUGAAAUCAUUUAAAUCCUACAAUGUGUGUGUGUGGAUUUUGCAUUUAGCAGUUUUGUCCCUACCUUUUCUGCAGAUCAUACGAGGGCUGAAUAAUGGGCAGCACUGCUUGCUGGAAAGUCCGACAGGAAGUGGGAAGAGUUUGGCUUUGCUGUGCUCCACCCUUGGCUGGCAGCAGGCUCAGUAUGCUAAAGCUCAAGAAGAGGGCAGCCUGGCGAAAGACAAGAGCCAGCCAGAGAAAAACUGUGGAGACUGUAAGAAGUCAGAUAUUCCCAGUCCCUGUCGGUGUGUGUGCCACAGCAAAGCCUGCAGGAGCACAGCUGUAACCCCACCUAAAGCUGAUGUGGUGGACCUCACCUUGUCACCCUGCAAAGACAAGGUAGAGCUGCACACUCCAGCACCUGAACAUGGUUAG